UUGCAGAAGCGUUGGAAAACCGUACUCGGUUUGGUCGAGAUCCAGAUCGGCAAUCAAGCUGAUUUCGAUGCAUACCUAGCAAAUACUCAAGCGACAUCUUUCGCCGAUGGCGUGCUGCACGUCACCGUCAAGAACGGCUUCAUUGCGGCGUGGAUCCGACAACGAGUGAUGCGAAGCCUUCGGCGAUUCACGGCCCAGGUUUUCGAUCAGGAAAUCAAGAUCGAACUUGAAACGAUGGCGUACACCAGCAGCGACGUCUUGGUACGCGAAGGACUUGCUGGCGACUACACGCAAUGGGCCGAUGUUCGGCUGCAACAGCAACAUGCGUUGAUGGCUCGCGACAACGCACGGUCGUUCCCAACAAUCCCAGGCAGCACGUUCGAACGGUUCGAGAGCUCCGAUUGCAAUACCCAAGCAAUGAACGCGUCGCAAAAGGUCGUCGAAAACCCGGGUACCGAGUUCAAUCCGCUCACCAUCACAGCUGAGACCGGGCAAGGCAAAACUCACCUGCUUAACGCCAUAGCCAACCAGAUGCGACGGGAGAACUUGAACGUCGUCUGCCUGACGGGCGAAGAGUUCGUCGAUAGUUACGUGAAAUCGUCACGCGCCGGAAACGUUGACGCGGUGCGCGAUCGCUACCGCGGCGUUGAUGCGCUGUUGGUGGACGGCAUCGAAAGAUUGAUCGGCAAAGCAAAGACGCAGUCGUUCUUCCUCAACGUCGUGGAACACCUCAUUUCGAAUCAGAAGCAACUGGUCUUCACUUUCAACAGUUCUUUAUCCGAUGCAUGA